AUGGCGGAGACGGAGAUCUACGUGCCCGACGAGCGCCUCGUCUGGGCGCCGGCGACGCUCGAGCGCGAGACGGUCGUCGACGGGUCGACGCACAUCACCGUGGCCGUGCGGCGGCCGCGGGACGACGAGCCCCUCGCGGGCUGCGCCGCCGUCGCGGCGACCAUCGCCCUCGACGCCGGCGACGCGUCGAGCCUGCCGCUGCAGGACGCGCGGAAGCCCCGCGCCGUCGAGGACCUCGUCGGCCUCGACCGGCUGCACGAGGCGUCGGUGCUCGCGACGCUGCGCGAGCGCUACUUCGACCGGACGCCCUACUGCCGCACGGGCGCGGGCAUCUGCGUCGCCGUGAACCCCUACGUCUGGAUCCCGGAGCUCUACGGGCCCGCGGCGCGGAACCGCUACGGCGACGCGGAGUCGCGCGCGCGUUUGCCGGCCCACGUCUACGCCAUCUCCGGCGCGGCGCGCGACGGCGUCGCCGCCGGGCGGGACCAGAGCGUCCUGGUGAGCGGCGAGUCCGGCGCGGGCAAGACGGAGACGGUGAAGAUCAUGCUCCGGCAUUUGGCCGGAAGCGCGGCGGCCGUCGCGGACCGCGUGCUGUCGUCGCAGCCGCUGCUCGAGUCCUUCGGCAACGCCAAGACCGUGCGCAACGACAACUCGAGCCGCUUCGGCAAGUUCACGCGCCUCCAGUUCGCUACCGCGGCCGCGGGCGACGCGCCGCUCGUCGGCUCCUCGUGCGAGACGUACCUCCUGGAGAAGUCGCGCGUCGUCGGCCAGGCGCCGGGCGAGCGGGGCUACCACUGCGUCUACGGCGUCGCCGCGGCGGCGCGCGCCGACGUCGGCGCCUUCGCCUACGUGAAGCGCGGCGACCUCGCGACGACGUCCAUCGAGGGCGUCGCCGACGCGGAUCGACACCGAAAGACGACGGCCGCGCUCGCGACGCUCGGCGUGCCGGGGAGCGACGCGGCGGCCGUCGAGGACGCCGUCCUGGCGGUGCUCCGUCUGGGCGAAGUCGCCUUCGACGGCGCCGACGCCGCCGCCGUCGCGUCGUCGGCCGCCGCGAACGCGGCGGCCGCGGCGGGCGUCGGCCGCGCCGCGGGCGACGUGCUCGACGCGCUGCUCGUCCGCGUCGUGCGCACGCGCGACGAGGCCGUGCGCGUGCCCCGGAGCGCGGCCGAGGCGACGGAGGCGCGCGACGCCCUGGCCAAGGAGCUCUACGUGGCCGUCUUCGACUGGCUCGUGCGCGCGAUGAACGCCGCGACGCGCGCGGCGUCGCCCGACGGGCUCCGCGUCGUCGGCCUGCUCGACAUCUUCGGCUUCGAGUGCUUCGCCGUGAACCGCUUCGAGCAGCUCUGCAUCAACUACUGCAACGAGAAGCUCCAGCAGAAGUUCACGCUCGAUUUGUUCAAGGCCGUGCAGGAGGAGUACGACGACGAGCGCGUGCCCUGGGAUCCCGUCGCGUUCCCCGACAACGAGAAGGUGCUGGCGCUGCUCGAGGGCCGCAUGGGCGUCGUCGACGUGCUCAACGAGGAGUGCCUCCGGCCCCGGGGCUCCGAGGAGGCCUUCGUGACGAAGUUGGACGCGCUCCACGGCGACGGCGCCAAGUUCGCCAAGCACCGGUACGAGCCGCGCGUCUUCACGGUGGCCCACUACGCGGGGCCCGUGACCUACGCGGCCGACGGCUGGCUCGACCGCAACAAGGACGCGCUCCACGACGACCUGGCGGUCCUGGCCGCGGGGUCGUCGCGCCCCUUCGUCGCGGGCCUGUUCCGCGGCCGCGCGGCGGCGGCCGCCGCGGCCGCGCGGCGGCCGCGCGCGAAGACGGUCCUGGCCAAGUUCAAGGGCAACCUGGCGUCGCUGCUCGACGAGGUCGAGCGGACGGAGGUGCGCUACGUGCGCUGCGUGAAGCCCAACGGCGCCAAGGCGCCGCGGCGCUGGGACGCGGCGCUCGUCGCCUGCCAGCUCCGGUGCGCGGGCGUCGUCGAGGCCGUCACGGUGACGCGCGCGGGCUACCCGAACCGCAGCGCCCACGGCGACUUUUACGCGCGCUACCGGGCCCUGGCGCCCGGCGCGCGCGGCGCGGCGGCCCUCGCGGCGGCCGUCGCGGGGGGCCGCCACGCGUUCGGGCGGACGCGCGGCCUCGCGCGGCGCCGGUCCGCGCGCCGCGUCGCCGCGGCGCGGCGCCUCGUCCGCGCGGCGACGGCCGCGGCCGCGGCGCGGCGCGGCGCCGUCGCGCGCGCGCGCUUCGCGCGGUUUCGCGGCGCCGCGGUCGCGAUCCAGUGCGCGGCGCGGCGCCGCGGCGCGGUCGGCGCCGUCGCGGCCCUCGCCGCCGAGGCCGAGGAGCGGGCCCGGCUCGAGUUUCAGCUCGAGGCGCUCCGCGCGCGGCUCGACGCCGAGGCCUCCGCGCGCGCGGACGCCGAGGCCGCCGCGGCGGAGCUCCGGAGCGCGAUGGCGUCGCCGGAGCGCCGCGCCGCCGCGCCCCAGACCGGGGACCCCCGCGUCGACGGCGCCCUCGUCGACGAGAGCAAGCGCAUGCUCGACUACCUCCGGGCCGAGGUCUCGCGGCUCGACCGCGCGCGCGACGGCCUCGAGCGCGAGAACCACCGGCUCCGCGUCGCCAACGACCGCGUCCAGCAGGCCCACGGCGCGGCCCACGAGUCCUUCGCGGCGCUCAACUCCCACAUCAAGCGCCUCGGCCGGACCGUGGUCGCGCUGAAGCGCGACGCGCGCGACCUCCGCCAGGCGAACGGCGUCUUCAAGGACGAGCUCGCCAUGAAGCAGGCCAUCUACGUCGCCGAGGUCGCCAAGGGCCUGCGGCUCGAGCAGCUCAUGCGCACCAUGGUCGACGUCUGCGACGUCCGCGGCGCGGACCCGGACCUCGUCGCCGAGCUCCGCGCGAUGGCGGACGCGCGCGCGCUCCACGACGGCGGCGUCCGCGACGCGGAGGUCGCCGCCGGCGGCGAGGAGGCGGCGCAGCCGGGCUUCUGGGGGCGGCUCAUCGGGCGGGGGUCCUAA